AUGACAGGAUGUCUGACAGGGUUUCAGAUUGGGAGGGUAUGGGACGAGGCUUGUGAUAGAGGGUUUGGAGACUGUCCGGCAGACCGGCGAAGCUGUCGAGACGGAGAGGGCAGUAACGGCGCGGACGGAUGCGAUGCAGGUGGGAUCGCUAUUGUGGUGGCGGACGAAGGUGAUAGGACGGAGACGGGAGUGACAGGCUGUGGUGCGGGAGGGUGUGCAGUGCAGGCCUUAAGGUGUCAAGGUGUCAAGAGUAGGAAACAGUCAGAGACAACACUUUGUGCGAAGUGUGUGUGUGUAUUGUUGUUGCUCCUGACUCCUGCUCCCCCACCAUCAUCCACACCCAUCUGCACGUUACACGAACAGCUUCAACAUGAAUAUGUACCGUCCAAUGUAGUGAUAGCCGCUACCUUCGAAUGUUGCUGCAUGAAAGAAUUCACAUCGUGGCGCAUCGUCUACCGGACUAUCAUCCUAUAUCUUUGCAUUUCUCGUCUACUACCCACUCAGUAG